CAUAGCGUAUUGAGAAAUCUAAAAGCAUGGAAUAACGCUAAACAAAUACCAAUUGGUAAAGAUAUUUGUAAUUGCGCAGAUUUAUUAUUGUUGGUCUAGAUCUAUUACUAAUUUAAAUACAAGACUGAUACAAACUAAUUGAUACAACUACACUUAAUAUAGGCUUUGUUUUUUUUUAAAAAGUAUUCUUUAUAUUUUUCGUGUUUGUCUUCUGUCCUGAUUGCUUCAACUUAUGGUCAUAACAUGUGACCUAUUCGUCUGUUAGAAGUCUCAAGGAUCUAGUUUGUGUCUGUUCUAGUCUCUUUAUGUUUUCUCGACUAGAAUAUUCUCUGGUAGGCUUGAGUCUGAAGAUCAUGUAGUUGGGAAUCCCUGACUGAAUCACCAUUUCCGGACGUCAAGAUGUGUUAAUAAACAAAGUAUUUUGAAUCCACACCAUGAAUAAUAUUCUGACCAUCAUCUCCGAUGGUGUAUAUCACCAGAUUUAGGGAGACUAUUUGUCUAGUGUGUCUUUGUAGUGUAAGAUCAAGGACACGACAAAAGAGUUGGACCCAGCAAUGCUACCAAAGACUAGCUUCAUGGGCUUGUUGAAAAGACUUUCUGUACAAAAGGAUUGAUAGAAACCAAAGGAUGAAGCUCGUGUUAUUUGAUAACCUCAUUCUCUGCUGGAUGUUGAUGACUUCAUCGUUGGGGACGGUCUACAAGGUCUGUGAACAUGUGGCUGUAGAAGAUGAACCGUACACAGUCAGCUGCCCUAUCACCAGCAAAAAGGGAAAAUUUGUCUGGCGUAUAGUUCCAGUAUCUAAACAAAGUAACGGUAUAAAGAAAAUUCCCGACAUAGAAGAAUGUAGGCCUUCACGUCCCGGGCCUGAGUGUUAUGGUCCUUACAUCUCCAGGCUGAAUGAAACACAUAUCAGCCUCACACUACGCAACGUGACGGCCGUAGAACGUGACACCAUUCUCAAGUGUACGAACUACGUGAACAUCGAACCAGUCAUACGGGAAAUAUGUUCCUGCCAGCUUCUUGUUCACGCCAAACCACGAACCCCCAUUCUAUGUCGAAUCAACCAGACGAAUCGUUCGAGUUUUAGACUCAAAUGCUUGGCCAGAAAAUUGUUCCCCAGGAUGGAAUGCAAGAUUCACCAGGAGACCGAUAGCGCUGAAACCCCGAUAGCGCCAAGUGACAUCACAUACGAGAAUCAAACGUUCGCUAGCAGCAAUGCAGAUUACAUAAACGCAUCGUGUGCAGCCGAAUUCACUCAUUUAAAACUCGGCAACUACUCCGUCGUGGUCAGCGUAAUCUCGAGCGGACAGCUCGGAUCGAGUUUCACUACUGAAGUCCACCGUCAGAGUUUCAGUCUCACUAGCCCACGUCCUUACAUCACUCUCAAAAGCAGCUGUCGAGAGAGAGACAAAAGUACUCUGAUCUUGUAUCUACAAUGUGAGGCAGAACACUUCAGCCAAAUACCGGAAGUGAUGUGGUUCUGGAACGCCACACAAAUGCAAAGUACUAAGAAAAGCAAUGAAACCGACUAUCGUGAAGGAACGUAUCAAUUGUUUGCAAGCCACAUGUUCCAACAUCACCCCAUUGACCAAGGCACUGAGAUAAACUGCACCGUGAGAAGUUCAGCCGAGACUCUGAGUGCUACUUUCAUUAUUCCUAAAUACCCGAGUGUCCCGCCGGAAUUCAUUAACUCCACUAGUGCUGGAGAACUUUUUCUAGACGAGGGCAAGACAGAAAUCACUUGUCGCAUCCCAGGGGAAGCUUUAGGUUUCGUCAAGCUAAACAUAAGUUGUUUUGUGAAUGGGUCAAAGGUUACUCAGCAUGUGUCUCCUGGGAGUGUAGGCUCACUGAAAAUGAAAAUCACACACAGCCUUGACCUUGCCAUCUGCCGUUGUUCAGCUAUUCAUAGCGUCUUCUGCUACACUAAGGUCGCGGAGGUCACCUUAAGAGUACAGAGAAAUUUCACAACAGACACUCCAUUUGAGAUCACUUCAAAUUCUCAAUCAGUGGAAGGCAUUAAAUACGAUGUGGCGUACAUAGCAUUGGCCACUUCAUUCAUCAUACUUUUAAUUUUUAUCAUUGGGAUCAUUCUCCAUUCCCUCUGUAAGCGGCUUCAAGACAAAGACGUUUUCCGGCGCAGAAAUAACGACGAGGAUCGCCAUUACGCCAACGAGGACCACAUUUAUAGUGAACCAGAAGAGAACGCCCUCACCACGCGCUGUAACUCUCACGAGACGGAAGCUCUCGUGCGAGAAAAUCAGGGAACAUGUAGAGGCGUUACCAUAGAUUCCCAUGGGUAUUUGAAGCCACACAACCCCCAUAGCAGAUUACUUUUGCCGGAUGUCAUUUCUGAUUCUGAACUAAUCCUUCAAGAAUGUAAUUUAACGCGAAGGGCUUCUGACACCCCUGAAUCUUCCGGAUCCUGGGUCACAGACACAAGUGAAGAUAUUUCUAUCACGUGCGUCAAUUCAGUGAAUCAGCCUGAGAGCAAUCAUAUCCAACAUUUGUCAAUAAAACCUGCCCCGAAUGACCUGCUAGACCUCGCCAGUGUUACUUCUCUUUCUUCUAGACUCUCUUUCUCUCACAAUGACAAUAUGAUGCCAAAGCUUGCUCCCAAAGACUUUUACAUCACACCUAUAUCCACCUCAACGCCCAGCUUGAAGACACAUAUUUCAUCUGAUCAAAAACGUAUCAAACCUAGGCCAUCAUCUAACCAAACGCAACUAACACACUGUACCAAUGGUUCCAAAAGUUCAAAGUCUCUGAAUUACCGGAAGCGGAAAAAGCCGAAAUUAUCUUCGACCUGUUUCACUCAGCGAGAGUCCGAACUCAAUUUUCACAGUGACUCUUUGAAAGACUUACAAAAUGGUCAGCAACAUGGAGAUAAAUGUGAACAACAAUAUUUCAACUUCUUACCGAAACCCCACAAGAGUUCCAGUACAUCCACGAAUUUCCCAAACGAAUCAGAUUAUUUGGAACUCCAUCCGUUAAAAAUGAGGCAGCUAGACAGUCUCAGCACUCAGACAAAUAAACUUAUCUUUACACUCGGAGACUCCACGGUGCAGUAAUUUAAAAAACAAACUAAGACUUCAGUUUCUUUAUGAUAAUAAAUUUCCAUUUUCAUGUUUAUCAAGAGAAAACACAACUUGAGUUCAUACUUAAAAGACAUAGUCAUACUUUGUGACUCACAAGAUAUUCUCUAGAUUUUUUCAUGUAUAAAUUACUGAUUUUUAAUCAAAUAUUUUCUCAACAGCCACUUUGUAAACACGAUGUAGCCACUAACUUCAGAUUCAUUUCAUUUCAUAGAGUGCUGACGAAAGACUAAGAAAAAAACGUCUAUUCCAACGCAAGUGUACACUAAAUGAUUCGCAUGCACUCGUCAAGCAAUUUUGGUUCAUCUCCUGGACGUAGACAAAAUUAAUGCAAGCCUGGUCAAUGGCUGCAGUCGGAAAAAUGUUUCAGGGUCACUUCCUGAUUUUCUCCCCAGGAUUAACUCAGGAAGCCCCUAAGCACCUCUCACAUUUGGGUACAGCAUCAAGGUAGUAGAAGCUUGGAGAGUGUUUCUUUCUUCAACAAAGUAACAUACCAUGAAACUGCGUAUACAAUUUAAAGUUUAGCUAAAAUAAUGUUUCUCCUGAAAUAUUUUGUCGUUUUACCUGGUAUUCAUUCAGUGGACAUCGUUGCCUCGAUGGAGGAGCACAAUAUGUGUUUUAUGUUACAACAGAACUAUUGGAUCAAUUCUUCGGACAAUCAACUACAUUACUCUAGCAAAGUAAAACAAACUAGUUUGUGGCUUACUGUGAAGACAAUCUCAAUCAUACUUUAAAUCCCCCAUUAUGUAGAUACUCAUAAAUGGGAGCUAAUUUAAAUAGCUAGAUGUGUGUUUUUUUUCAGUGUACAUAAUAUGCAUAUAUUGAUAAUCUAUGUAUUUUAAAAAACUAAUAUUAAUUUUGGUGCAGUUUUUAGCACUACAGACUUACAUUUCUAAGCUUCUUCACUUGAUAAGUGAUCUUUCAAUACACGCCCUUCCUAGUGUUCAUUCUAUCUGUUUGAAAAUCUCUCCUUUAACUAUAGUCUUACAUCUCUUUCUUUAACUUCCAUUAUAUCGCUCUCACAUUUAUCCUUAUCUCUUUCUCUUCUUUUCUGUCCUGUAUUUAUAUCUUUUAAAAUGUAAACAAAGAGCAGAUAACACCGAUGAACUUGAUAUGAAUAUCCCAAAGGAAAAUUGCAUGAACGAAGCGAAACGAAGAAUUUUGAAAGCAAACCUGAAGGAAAGCAAACCUGAAGGAAAGCAAUACCUGAAGGAAAGCAAACCUGAAGGAAAGCAAACCUGAAGGAAAGCAAACCUGAAGGAAAGCAAUGCCUCUUAGUUGGCAGUAGUUCGUACUGAAUGUUACGUGCGCAUGUGGAAUGGGGCUUCUACGUGUUCCACUACAAAGAUAGUCUUGACCAUAGACAUAAAUAAAUAUAGACUGGCCGAUUAAAGAGUUUUAUGACACGAAAAUUUGUGACUUGCAAUUUUGUGUACUUUAUUAUACAGCAUUUAUGAGCAGUAUAAAAGUUAAUUAUUCAUAUCUAUUUCAGCCACACACCUAUAUAUAUAUAUUGUAAAUAAGGAGGCAGUGUAGUUUUGUUUAAUCUCUAAGAAUGAAGAUCAUGCAAUUUUUCAUAAUUCGGAAAUCCGAAUACAAUAGUAAUACAUGUUUUCAAGUUACAUGAAGUUACUUCCUUCGACCAGUCUAUAUUUAUUUAUCUCUAUGCAUAGAUUAAAUCUAGACUGGAAACCGGAAAUAAAUUCUUAUUCUCGACUGAUCGAUUCACAGACCUAUAUAUAUAUAGAUUUUUAUGUACGUAAACUCUUUUUUCAGACUCUAAGGGGAGUCGCCCCAAUCAAUCUUUUCUGUCUUAGAAAAGUAAUGAUCUUUAGUUGUCAAAGUUUAGAAAUAAUGCAAAAUCAUUUCUCGGAUAUUCACGCAAAUGUAUGAAACAAAGCCAUUUCCUGUUUGAGAUAAUGUUUCAAAAAUUUUAAAUCGAAAUAAUUCAAGUUGAUUUUAAUCAUCCUAUGUACAUUUAAAUAUAUUGAUUACCUAGGUCUUUCUAGAUUAUGUAUCUAAAGUCCACAAAAAUAAUAAUUAUGAGACGAGAGUAUUUGUACUUUUGAUGUUCAAUUACUAGAUCUAGUUCUUAAAAUUAAAUUAUAUGUUACAUAGGUUAAGGUUGAAAACAAAGAACUUUACUUCUUUUAACUAUUUUAUAAAACAACGCCUUGAUCCAACUUUCUAAAAAAAAUUCACGUAGUGUCCAAUCUAGAUAUACUAUUUAUAAGUCUAUGGGACGAGCAUUUUAGUCAUGUGAACGCGGAUAGUAUUAACAUUUUUUUGUCGUUGAACCAGGAUGAUAAAGUUCUCAUCAUCUACAACUUGUACUUGUCUUGGUGUGUGUUUGAAGAGUCUCACCUGCUCCUACAACUCUAGUGCAGCGUUUCUCAAACUUGUGGGAGGGGGGCACGAGAUUUGUAUCAAAAUUGGAGGAAGGGGGAUGCGGAGCCAGUCAAUUUCUUGUUGAAGGGGCAAGAUUUAAAAAAAAAAGAAAUUAUAUUUUCAUUCUAGUUAUCAUUCCAUGUUUGAAUGUUAACAAAUUUUUUAAAGAUUUUAUCAACAAAGUUCAACAGAUGGAAGAUUUCCAACGUUGUUUCAUCUUCUAUAUUAUUAUUAUAUCACCGUUUUCCAGGAGACUUCUAUAAUAAUUCGACUCAAAAGUUCUUGAAUAAGGCAUUUCGACUACAUUAGUCUAGCAAAGUAAAACAAACUAGCUUGGCAUUUCGAAAUGACUCAGUUAACGGUCUAAAAUCUCCCGACUAUUGUACAUCGUUAUGUUGACAACUUUUGUGUAACAAAACAAAAAAAUUAAAAAUGUUCGGAGCAGGAUGUCUUACUGAGCCAGAAGAUCAUCUUAUGACAUUCAAGCCCAUCACGGACGUAAGAGCGCUCUAUGGAACUCCAUUGUUCUCAUAUGUUUGUAAUACUAGGGGGGGCCAGUGCAGUCUCCUACUUUAUUAGACACACUUUGAUCUGUGAGCUCAGAACUCAAGAACUCUAGUUACUACGUAAUCAUUUGUUCAGCAGUUUUCUUCUUUUUGUUUCAUUGUUUCUAUACACUACACUUCAAACUCGGUACAUUUUAAUCAUCACCAAACAGAAGAUGUUAUAACGGUAGGGCUCUUGUAAUGCGGCAACUAUCUGUGUGCCAUUCUGUCUUCAAGUUUCACUUUUUAUUCCUACAUAGUCAAUAAAGUUUUUAUGAAUUUAAUGACUUUUAAUUUUAACAUUUAGAAUGGCAUUUUAUCAGUUGUUAAACAAAUUUUGGUGCUUUUUUUUGCGUCUGUCUAUUACAUUUGAGCCUGUACAAGCUUCUAGCUUAGAAUUUCUUUGUUUUUAGCUUUAUAACAAACAGUCAACAAGUUUUUAGCUUUAUAACAAACAGUCAACAAGUUUUUAGCUUUAUAACAAACAGUCAACAAGUUUUUAGCUUUAUAACAAACAGUCAACAAGUUUUUAGCUUUAUAACAAACAGUCAACAAGUUUUUAGCUUUAUAACAAACAGUCAUCCACUCUCCAACUUUAAGUAUUUAUCUUUUUAGCUCCCAUAUCUAACUUAGGUCUUAAAUAAUAUUUAGCUUUUGAAAUAUGUGGACAUUAAGCUGUCUAAGACAAACAGAGCACUUUUUGAAGAUGUAUCAUCUAAACUGUAGUGCACGUUUUGAAGUGUUUGAAUCUAAGUUGUUAACACUAAGAUCUUGGGUUUUCUAGGAUCUAAUUACUAAGAAGCCGGUUUUAUAAUAUAACGCGCUGUUAUAAUAGGUGCAUGCCAAUUAAAUAAAACUCAACAAUUUUAAUUAGGUAAAGCAAGUUAACAAUUAGAGCCAGAAAAUACUCCUAUUUUUCCUCCGUCAAAGAAAAUAAUCGUUUUUAUUGAAAUCAUUUCCUACAGCCAAAUGUAAAUUGUUUAUUUUUUAUUUUUUUUUUGUUAUUAAAAAAUGAUGAUCAUGAUUUUGUUAAUGUUUACCAGCAAUUGUUUGAAAAAUGCACAAAAUAUGUUUCUGCUUGUUUGAUUCCGUCCUCCAUUUAUUUGGUCAAAAAUAGCUGCCACUAGAUAUUGAAGUAUCCUGGCUAGAUUCAAGCACAUCUCUGCAAUUCGUAAAUAUACCGCACUAUUUUUUGUGUCGCACUCAUAAACAUAUGUAAAUAUUUGUCUAUGGUCGCACUAUUUUGAUAUGAAAUUCUGCCACAGACCUAUAUAUAUUGUAUAUAUAUAUAGGUCUAUAAAUUCUGCAUUAUUUUGUAGUUCGCAAUUUUACAAACAAUUAAUUUUGCAUUUGUAUACAUUUCAAGUAACAUUGUUAUCUUUUUUUCUUCAUAAAAUGAUACAAUUAGACGCAUUCAAUUUCAUCUAUUAUAUACGCAAGUUUCGUGAUAUAUAUUAACUUAUAAGUAUUUAGAAUUUAAAAUUUAAAUCAAUUAUUAAACACAUUUUGCUGUUUUUUUUUCAUCUUUCAAACACCUUAGAGUCUCUACUGGCUUAGCAUUUCAAAGAACUUCUAUUGAAUGAGCUUUAUAACGAAUAAUACUUGUAUGAUUUACAUGUUCCGUAUGUUCUUUCAGAACUGAAGAUUAUUACAUCAUAGCCAAAGCCUCCAGCGGGAUGGAGGCGGGCAGGGUUCGAACCCUGACCAUCGAGACGACACUGCAGAGUACACAUCACACUUCCAGGCAUCUAUAAGUCUAUAAGACCUGUGUGUCAAAUUGUAUCUAUUUAUUUUUAUUAGUUUGUAGAUCUAGAUUUUAAAAAAAUUUUUUUUUUACAUGUUUCUAAUGUUCCUUCCGAGUGCAAAAGAAACGAAGCUGAAUCAACCAAGAGAAAGAAAAAGAAAAUUGCCCUGUCAGUUAGUCCUAGGACAGAUGCAUAUACAUGUACGAACUGUGGCAAACUCUGCCGCUUCAGAAUUGGCUUGAUCAGACACUCCAGAGUCUGUCCCGUCUCAAGACGAAACCAAAACCGAUGAAUCAUCUGGGCGCAUCCUUUGUCUUCCGAGACAGAAGGAGCCAUAGAAUUUUCCUUCAGAGUUGAAUUUAAUCUACAUACUAGCCCAAACCUCACCGCAGGAUGACGGGGGAUGGCAGCGGACAGGAUAUGAACCCGGGACCAUCAAGACAAGUCCAGCGCGCAUGCCGCACGACCAGGCAGCCAGCUUAAAAACUGUUCAGCUAAUGAAAUUUUGAAGAUGUAUCUUUUAUGUAUAGCACAUUUUUAGCUAUUGUGUCUAGCACAUUUUUAGCUAUUGUGUCUAGCACAUUAUUAGCCUUUGAUUUGUUUGAAAGUAUAGUAAGCAGUUAGCUUAUCAACUGUAAACUUCAGUUGUUUACCUAAUGACCAGGGCCGGAGUUUGACUUGAUAAGGCCGUAACCUAUUUGAGAUAAGGGAGUCGUAAUUGACAUAACGCAAUCUUUCCUUUCUAUUCCAAAAUAUAGAAAAAAGCCCUGAAACUAUUUAUAAGGGGGGGGGGGGCUCUAAGCAAGUGGGGCCCUAAGCUAAAGCUUAAGUUGUCUUUAGCUAAAUUCAGCACUGACAAGGUUCAUGUAUUUUGUAAAAUAAAACAAACUUCAGGAUCUACAUUGUUAUGAAUUCGUGGUAAAGACUGUCUUAGAACAGCUUUUAUAAUAGAAUGCGCUUAUUGUAGUGAGUGCAGACCACUAGAGCAUGCCCUUAUAAAUAAACAUCAACACUUAAAACCAAGAAACAAAGACAACAAUGGAUGGAAGAAGGAACUGUUCUUUGUUCUGUUCUUUGUUCCACGGUAAAGAAAAAAUUGUUUUGUGGAAAUUAUUCUCUAGAGCCAAGCGUACUUUUUUUUUUUUUUAAUAAAUUUAUGAUCAUGUUAACAGGAAAGCUUUUGUCAUAUCACAUUUUGUGUAUUGUAUCUCAAGGCAGCAAAUAAAAUUGAUGUUAAAACAUGUUUAAGACAUCCACCUGUCUUCUGUUCGUCAAAAUAAAAAUUAUAAUUCAUUAUUUCAA